UACAAAACCAAAAACCCCAAUUUCACUUUUUCAACUAUGGCUCUUAAUCUUCUAAACCUUUCAAUCUUGUUCGUUUUACUCAACAUCAUCAAUCCGUUUCCCUUUGCAGAGCCAAGAACUUUAGAAGCCUCUACAACUCCUUUUUCCAAAACUCUCCAAAACCUGAGGGGUGUUCACAGGGGACAAAAUGCAAAAGGUGUGGGCGAACUCAGAGGCUACCUUCAAAAAUAUGGCUACCUAACAAAGGGUAGUUCUUCCAACGACAACUUCGACGAAAACGUCGAGUCCGCCCUAAAGCACUACCAAGCAUUCCAUCACUUACGCGACACUGGUGUGGUGGAUGACGAUACUAUAAAAAAAAUGAGCCUCCCACGUUGUGGAAUGCCUGAUAUUAUCACCAACCCUAACCCUAACCCUAACGGGUUGGUGGGGGCUCCUGAAAACUACACCUUCUUCCCUGGGUCGCCAAAAUGGAGCAAAUUUUUUUUAACCUAUCGACGCACAUCAGGUGCUACAGUGUCCAUCAAUGAAACCGCUGUGAGACGAGCAAUGCGGGAUGCCUUUCAAUCCUGGGCAAACGUCAGCCCCUUCACAUUCAAUGAAACUACAGAUCGUUCAGCUGACAUAACCUAUGGAUUUCACAGAGGACUCCACCUUGAUUUGUACCCAUUUGACGGGCCAGGAAGGGUGCUAGCCCAUGCUUUUGCGCCGGAAGAUGGGAGGAUUCACUUUGAUGCAGACGAACUGUGGAGAUCUAACGGGUCAGACAUUGAUUUUCAAACAGUGGGUUUGCAUGAAUUGGGUCACUCUCUAGGGCUUGGACAUAGUAACGAUACAGACGCCGUUAUGCAACCCAAUUAUGAUGGACAAAGAAGGUCUCUGAGCCAGGAUGAUAUUGAUGGCAUACAAGCUCUAUAUGGACAGAACUAGAACUUGAUAAAUGUUGUGUGAGAUAAUUAAUUAUCAAGUGUAGUACGUGUGCUGGCUAGUUGUUUAACUUGGCUGCUGGAACAUGGUAGCGAGUUGCAAUGUAUUAAUCAAUAGCUAAAUAAGCCACCACUUACACUUGUGAUGAUAAUAUGCUUGCAAUAAUUAUAAGAUACUUUAAUAAACGUGUACGUGGAUAUUAUUAUA